CAAAAUUGUGUGGAAUAUUUACGUAAUUUAGGAUUGGGAACAUGUUAGUAAAAACAUAAUACAAUAACAAAUAGAUUUUAUGAUAUUUAUAAAGUAGUACACCAUUGACUUGUAAGUCAAAUGUUUGCUACGAGGAAACUACUAAAGACACUAAGGACUAAACAUUUACACCAGUCCAGCAUGGGAGACAAGCAACCGCCCGCCAUUUCUGAUAACACGGGAGCAGCAGAGCACACUAAAAACGCAAAGGACUUCUCGGGAAAACAUAACGGUGGUGAUCGUUAUAUGGAGCAGAAUCUAAAGUGUAUACACCCAGAACAAAAUAAAGCAUUAACUAACUUCAGUAUCGAUUUUAUACUGAGGAACGACGAUCAACAUGUAAAGAACCCGACUGUUUGUGAAAUUCAGGAUCUCGUGGAAUCAAACGUUUUCGGGGAAUCAAAAAAGUCCAUGAACUAUAAAGAUUUUGAUAAACGCAUCAAUGAUGGAAUGGAUGAAGUCAUGGACCGAGGGAAGAGAAGUCGCACCACCUUUUCAGCGGAUCAAGUUAAUGAGCUCGAAAGGGCGUUCAAGAGAACUCAUUACCCAGAUAUAUUCAUGCGCGAGAAGCUGGCUCUGAGGCUUGGUCUUCCCGAGUCGAGAAUACAGGUUUGGUUCCAAAAUAGAAGAGCAAAGUGGCGGAAACGAGAAAAACAUGGUUCUGCUACUGGCGAAUUUCAAGAUCAAGAUGGCUUCUAUACUAAAGAUACAGCUACCAUGAGAUUCCCCGACAAACUGACGACACACCGACCAUCUGGUCCUUUUGAACUUAAGGAAUACUACGGUGCAAUAAGAUCAUGUACGCCACAUAUGUCAGUCCCAGAAGCAAUUUGGCCGCUACGUGCCUUUGAAAUCCUUGCUCCAAUGAUAAACGACGAUCUGGAGGAAACAACAAAGACAACAUUGGCGUUGAAGGCACGAGAACAUGCUGCAUCUUUAACCAUGAUGCAUAUCAGAAGUUCUUUAUAAUAACACAACAGAGUCAAAUACUGUAAAAAAUAUUUUUAUUCACAGACAUAAUUUUCAAAGAGACUAACUUCUGCUAUAAUGAACUCCACGUUGAGAC